ACUACAAAUAUACCGAAGGAAGCUCCAGCAUAUCUGGGCUUGAUACGACGUCUACCUUGCCCUUCUUAUCAGUCUAGGAAUCAAAGCCUACAAGAUGUCCGGAGUGUGGGGUUGGUUUGGAGGGCAAAGCGCCCAGAAGAGAAAGGAUACACCCAAGAAUGCUAUCCUCGGAUUAAGAUCACAGUUGGAGAUGCUGCAGAAGCGGGAGAGGCAUUUACAAAACCAAAUGGACGAACAAGAUGCGAUAGCUAGGAAGAACGUAUCCACCAAUAAGAAUGCUGCCAAGGCUGCUUUACGACGGAAGAAGCAACAUGAGCACACCCUCGAACAGACCACUGCGCAAGUAGCGACAUUAGAACAACAAAUAUACUCGAUCGAGGCGGCAAAUAUCAACAGAGAAACUCUUGCUGCCAUGGAACGUGCAGGUGAGGCCAUGCAACAGAUUCAUGGCAAGCUCAAUAUCGAUAAGGUGGAUGAGACAAUGGAGAAACUUCGAGAACAGCACGCUUUGGGAGAGGAAAUCGCGUCAGCUAUUACGAGUGCGCCUAUCGGCGAGCCUAUCGAUGAGACUGAGUUGGACGAUGAGUUGGCAGAACUUGAACAAGAACAACUUGACAACAAGAUGUUGAAGACUGGUACUGUUCCUGUAUCGGAUGAGAUCCACAGACUACCGGCGGUUGGAAACGGUGAGAUCAAAGGCAAACCGGUUGCUGAGGAGGAAGAUGAGGAAGAGGAGCUUCGAAAGCUGCAGGCCGAGAUGGCCAUGUGAUGUGUGACAGCGUACCGGUCACCGCUCUCUUAUGAUCUACCAAGGCACAUCUUUGUGUGUCUGGGACCUGCAUGUUGCUAGGGGUUUGGCUGCUUUCGGGGAUUCUC